GACGACGCAAUGGCGGGGCACUGAAGAAACGGGAGGACGGUGGAUGGCGGGGUAAAUUUCGGCGGGGUCGAAAAAAGAUGUCAGACUCCGACCGCAUAGCAAACCUACCCAAGCUUUUGCGCCGAUCUACACCUCUAGAUAUUUUCUUAACCGCAGCUUUUUUGUUUUCUUUUCCCUGAUUUACCUGAGAUACCCUCCAUUUUCCCACGACCAAUCGAUAGAAACGACACAAUGGCCGACCUCCCCACCACCUUUGACCGUCCCGUCCACAUCGCCGUCAUCGGCGGCACCGGCCUCGGUAAGCUCGAAGGCUAUACCCCCGUCGCCCAGCUCACACCCACGACUCCCUGGGGCGCGCCCUCCUCCCCGAUCAGCAUCCUCGAGCACAACGGCGUCCCCAUCGCCUUCCUUGCUCGCCACGGCCUGCACCACCAGUUUGCGCCCCACGAGGUGCCCGCCCGCGCUAACAUCGCCGCCCUGCGCUCCAUCGGCGUCCGCUGCGUCAUCGCCUUCUCCGCCGUCGGCUCCCUGCGCGAGGAGAUCAAGCCCAUGGACUUCGUCGUGCCCGAUCAGGUGAUCGACCGGACCAAGGGCGUGCGCCCUUUCACGUUCUUCGAGGGCGGCGUCGUGGGACACGUUGGGUUCGCGGAUCCGUUUGAUAAGGGGCUUGCGGAGGUUGUCAAGAAGUGUGCGGCGCAUAUGCAGGGCGAGGGCGUCGUUUUGCACGAGAAGGGCACUAUUAUCUGCAUGGAGGGCCCCCAAUUCUCAACCCGCGCCGAAUCGCACAUGUACCGCUCCUGGGGCGGCAGCGUCAUCAACAUGUCGGCCCUCCCCGAGGCCAAACUCGCCCGCGAGGCCGAGAUGGCCUACCAGAUGAUCUGCAUGGCGACCGACUACGACUGCUGGCACUCGUUUGACGACGUCGACGUCGCCAUGGUCAUGAAGUACAUGGCCGCCAACAGCGAAAACGCCAAGCGCCUCGUCGGCGGCGUUCUCGACGAGCUGUCCAAGCAGGAGAGCGGCGAGCUCGUCCUCGCCAAGCAGUGGGAGGGCGCCUCUCAGGGCGCCGUCAAGUUCAUGACCAAGCCCGAGGGCCGAAGCCCCGAGGCUAUGAAGAAUGUCGAGUUCUUGUUCCCUGGGUUCUGGAACUGAGGGAGGGGUCUUAUACUGCCUCAUCAGUAUUGUUUGAUUUUCAAGUUAUUUCAAAAAUGGGACUUAGGUAGUAGGCACGACUAAGUAUUGGUAUACGUGCAGGAAUAUGAGCGUGAGCGUAUAUAGAAGCAACCGUGAAAAUGGCGUGGAUAGAGAGAAUUUGCCCGGCAUCAACUGUAAAUGGACGUAAUCGCCAGGAUAGAACACUUUGCAAAAUGAAACGACGAUACCAAC